AUGUCUCUUUGGAAAUUUCUACUUCGCGCCACGCCGGCCAAGAGACCUGCAUCAAUACCCCAGUAUCAUACCUCCGCACCAUCCUCAAUGAAUAGACAAAACCGACAGACCGGGCCUGAACGUGGUGGACGCGGUGGACGCGGCGGAAGGGGACGCGGACGCGGACGCGGGGGAUCACGUCCCUCCCACCCACACGUCCCCCCCUUCAAAGCCAUCACCCCCGGCACAUCCGUCAACAUUAUCCUCAAAGCCGACCAACCCACAGGACGCACAGUAUCGGGGUUAGUGAGCGAUUUGCUCACGCGCGGCGAUCACCCACGAGGUGUCAAGGUGCGUCUCGCUGACGGGCGCGUCGGGAGGGUGCAGAGUAUUCGAAAUGGUGAGCCGACGCCGGAACCAGAUGUGAUGGAGGGGACACAGGGCGCAUCUUUUCAAAUACGGGCGGAGGGAGGUGAUGGGAGCGGGAAAGGAAAUCGGUUCGCGUCGCGUGAUAUGCGUCUUGAUGGUCCCGAGGAGCCUGAGGCGGAGCCGUUGGGGUUGGAUAUGUACAUACGUCCUGCGAAGGGGAAGAAGAAGGGUAAAAAGACACAGGCUGGACAGAGUGAGGAUGCGAUAGAUACAGGUGGUCCUGCUCAGAAAUCAGGGUCUCUCAAAUGUCCUGUGUGUGGUGAUUUUGAGGGCGACGAGGCUGCUGUGGCGCAUCACGUUGCUGGUCAUUUUGGAGAGUGA